AUGGCGGGUUCAGUCAAUCUCCCGUUCCUCCAGCCCCGCUGGGAAGACAUCCGCCAGAUCCCCACGACACAGUUCCAGCAGGCGAUGCUGGUUGUGAUUUAUCUGGUCGCAGCCGUUGCAUACAUCACAUACGGACUUCGGAUGUACAGCAGGAUUAGUUCCAAGCAAACAGGUCUUGAGGACUGGUUGAUGACUGCCGCCACUAUUCUGUCCCUGGCAUUCAUGCCUGUCACGUACUUUUACUUCAAGUACACAUACGCUGGUUUCCCUGCCUCCGACUUACCGAAGACGUUCGAUCCAACGCCAGCACUGUUUUGGACAUGGGUAGUCGGCCUGCUAUACAAUCCCAUUCUAGCGUUGGUCAAAUCGUCGGCUCUUGUUUUCAUGUUGAGGAUUGCAGGACACAAGACUGGUAUCAGAUGGGCGAUAUAUGUGAUAAAUACCAUCAAUGUCUGCCUUAUGAUAGCAACAUUCCUUGUAGUCAUCUUCCAGACCAUUCCGAUCGCGGCAUAUUGGGACAAGACAUUACCAGUUCAGCGCAGUAUAGAUGCCGCAGCUUUCGGCAUGUCGACGUUUAUCAUGACGAUAGUGACAGACGUCCUCGUCUUAGCUAUACCUGUCUGGGCAUUCAUAGGCAUUAAGGUCAACCUGGGAACAAAAAUUGGAGUCAUCAUGAUCUUCAUGACCGGCGGCUUAGUCACAAUCAUCGGAAUCAUUAGAGUCGUGGCGUUUUCUAAAUUCUUCUGGAGUCCCGACUAUGAUUUCGCGAAUACAUGGGGGCCAAGCUACAGUGCUAUCGAGAUCAACCUGGCCAUCACCGCGGCUUGCAUACCGGCACUGCGUCCAUUGCUACGGACAUGGUUCCCGCGUCUAUUCCGCACCUCUCACAGCAAGCAAUCUGGGCCGUACCCAAAAUCACGCUACUAUGCGGAGGGAAGGAGUGACAAUGACAGAAGCAUCAAGAUGCAGAGCAUGGGACACACGCGCGCCGACGUCCGCAGCGGGCGUGACACUCCCACUGAUAGCCGGGAGGAGAUCUUCAAAUCCUCUGGCAUAAUGAAAACCACCAACGUCAACGUCUCAUAUGAUGACAGGACGAUCUCGGCACGAGAUUCCAUCGAGGCUGGCAGGGCAGACAGAGCACGAACAUCGGAGCCGGGCUUGGCACUAUGA